UUCCAGGCCUUCUUCUCCAAUCAAACAAAAAUACAACAAUUAAAGUACAUAAUAAAUAAUAGAUAAAACGCAAAAACAAAUUCGAAACAACAAAGUGGAAUAAACCCAAACUGUGACGUGUAUACAACAACAAACAAGCCAAAGAAGAACAAAAAAGCCAAAAAAAAAAAGAAAGAAAAAAGGAAGAAAAACUACAAAAUUACAAAAGAAAUUUUGAUUGGUUUUCUACGUUUUCCUUGCAAGCAAAGAACGAACAGUACAGUAAGAUGGGUGAUUCUUCUGAAAGACAAAGUCUAUUGAAGAAUGAUGAAAACACUUCGAUGUACACCUCUGCAUCUGGUGCCGGUCCCCAAGCCCAGGCUGGUGGUGAUGAGGGUGUAGCACCAUCCCAGCAACAACCGCAGCAGACAGAUGGAGUUCAACAAUCGAAUGUGCCUUUCAUUGGUCCCGAUGAAGUGCCACCACCAUACCAACAGGGCACCGCUGGUGGUGUACCCAUGGUCACCUGUCGUGUUUGCCAAAAUAUGAUUGAUAUAACAUCAAAACGUGAUCAGCAUGUCGUUAAGUGUCUUCAGUGUAACGAAGCUACACCUAUACGUAAUGCUCCACCUGGUAAAAAAUAUGUACGUUGCCCAUGCAAUUGUUUGCUUAUUUGCAAAAGUUCUUCUCAACGUAUUGCUUGUCCACGUCCCAAUUGUAAGCGUAUUAUUAAUUUAGCACCCAGUCCAGUAACACCACCUGUACCCACAAUGCCGGGUAUGUGUCGUGUAAAUUGUGGUCAUUGCUCGGAUACAUUUUUGUUUAAUACAUUUCACAAUUCGCUGGCCCGUUGUCCACACUGCAGAAAAGUGUCAUCGGUGGGUUCACGUUUCGCCUUUAGUCGUGGUAUUCUCUUCAUAAUUAUAGGUUUAAUUGUUUUGAUUACUGCUAUUGGUAUAACCGUUGGUACUCACAGAUAUGCCCAAGAUCAUGCGGGUAUUUAUGUGGCAUAUAUUGGCUUAUUUUUAAUUGGCGCAUUUUUAUGCGGCCGCUCGCUUUAUUACUUCCGCUUGAAAGUAAGCCAUGUCGAUGGACCCAUGUAAGAACGUAUUUAACCAGCUUUUUAUAGCAGCAUUCCUUUUGAUAUUAUAUUGAAAAAAAGCAAAACAAA